AUGGCUCGUGAAAUUAAAGAUAUCAAAAAAUUCGUUGAAUUAACCAGAAGAGCAGACAUCAAAUCUGCCGUUGUUAAAACCAACAAAGCUUUAAACUUAAACGGUAAAAAAGUUAAACAAACCAAAUUCAAGGUUAGAGGUUCUAGAUAUCAAUACACUUUAGUUGUUAACGAUGCCGCUAAAGCUAAGAAAUUACAACAAUCUUUACCACCAACCUUGAAAGUUGAACAACUUUAA